CUAUAUAAAGAAGCUUCACAUUGAGGUAGCUUCAUUUCACCGUGAAGCAUUAAGUGAGUACUGAUGAGUGUUAGAUUAAUUCAAUUAGUGGGUAUUGUGUACCUGGUUUCUGUACUGGCUCUCUCGUCGGCCAGACAGAUUCAGUCAGAUCACAAACAAACUCAGGACUCAAAAGACUGGUAUGAGAAAGCUAUCUUCUACCAAAUCUAUCCGAGGUCCUAUAUGGACAGUGAUGGGGAUGGAGUAGGAGAUCUUCGGGGGAUCACCAGCAAGCUGGAUCAUUUGGCGGAUUUGGGUGUUGCUGGAACAUGGCUUAGUCCAAUUUUUACAUCACCCAUGAAGGAUUUUGGCUACGACAUUGCAAAUUUCACUGAAGUCGAUCCAGUAUUUGGUACCAUGGAUGACAUCAAGGAAUUGUUCACUCAAGCGAAACAGAGGGGUAUCAAGAUUAUCCUGGAUUUUGUGCCAAAUCAUUCCAGCAAUUUGUGCAAAUGGUUUGAGUGGUCGGAGAAUCGGGAAAAUGGAUACGACGACUGGUACGUUUGGAGGGAUCCUAAGGCUUGGGUUGAUGGACAACCCGUACCACCUACAAACUGGGUGAGUGUGUUCUACGGGCCAGCAUGGACGUUCAGCGAGAAGAGACAGCAGUUUUAUUUGCAUCAGUUUGACUAUCAGCAGCCAGACCUUAACUUCCGUAAUCCCGUUGUCGUGGAAGCUAUGAAGGAUGUUUUGCGUUUCUGGCUGGAACUUGGAGCUGAUGGAUUCCGUGUAGAUGCCAUUAAUCACUUGUUUGAAAUUGAGGAACUACUGGAUGAACCUAUUAAUACGUGGGGAAAUACCGAUCCCAAUGAUUACGGAUACCUAGACCAUAUUUACACCAAGGAUCGCGAUGAAACCUAUGACAUGAUCUAUCAGUGGAGGGAAUUGUUGGAUGAUUGGCAGAGAACCCAUGGUGGUGAUACGAGAAUCAUGAUGACUGAAGCUUGGGUCGGUGGAGAAGACUUUGUCAGGUACUACCAAGAUGGCAACCGUCAAGGUUCUCAUAUGCCUUUCAACUUUGACUUGAUCACGGAUCUCGAUGGCAGUAAAAGACCUUCGGACUUCAAGAGGGUCAUUGAUAACAAACUUCAACUUAUUCCUGAAGGAAAGGUCGUGAACUGGGUAUUGGGCAAUCAUGAUAAGAAUCGCGUAGGAAGCCGAUAUGGGGUGGAGAGGAUUGAAGGACUCCUUGCGCUAGAAAUGGGUCUUCCUGGAAUCGCAGUUACGUACUACGGCGAAGAAAUCGGAAUGGUCGAUAACAGGGAUAUCACGUGGGAAGAGACACAGGAUCCUCAAGCUUGCAAUCCUCAAGAUCCAAGUCGCUAUCAGGAAUUGUCUAGGGAUCCCGAAAGGACCCCUAUGCAGUGGGACGCGACGACAAAUGCUGGCUUCUCAACAGGAAGGCCUUGGUUACCUGUCCAUUCAAAUUAUCAAACACUGAACUUGGAUCGCCAGAAAGCAUCUGAAUAUAGCACAUAUCACUUUUACAAGGACCUAGCCGAACUACGCAAAACCUCUACCCUCGUCUACGGAGCUUAUGAAUCAAAGGUCAUGGCCAAUGAUAACAUCUUUGCGUAUCGCCGGACAAAAAUUUCCGAUACUGACACCAAUUAUCUCUUCGUCAUUAACUUUGCUAGCACCGCAUACACUGUCGAUUUGACCCAGAGCUUCGAUAACGUCGAAGAAACAAGUGUAGCUCUCUCGUACAGUUCUGGUUCCAAGCCAUCCGGAACAAUCGAUCCGACAGCACUCAUCGUUGGUCCACACGAUGUCAUAAUUCUUCAUUCAGGCUGCGAAAGAUUACUCGUAUCCAUCACUUUAAUCUUCACUGUCGUCGUUAAAUUUCUAUUUCUUUAAUAAAUGACAUUUGAUUUAUGGAGUUACAUUAAUUUAUAGACUAACGUACAUGAUUGUGUAAAUAAAUUGGUACGAGAGCUUUUUCAGCAGAUAAGAAUGAAUUGUAUUUGUAUUAUGUCUUUUCCAUAUUUACUUUUGGAUGAAGUGUUAGAUGAUUUCCCCCUGUCUCAAGUAUGAUGAUUAUUUCUUCCAAACUCAAUUAAGCUUAUCGCGUUAUCCCACCAAAGUAACUCACUUGGGAUUGUGAUAUUGGCUCUUCUUGAUUACGUUGUAUCAACAACACUCCAUCAAAUUUGUAUCUAUUGAUUUUUACCAAUGAUUUUGAAUAAAUAUUGCGAAAUGAGAAAA